AUGUAUCGAUUUCUCAAAUAUAUAAAAGGAACAAAUUUUCAGUUCCGAUAUAUAAAACUAUUUAUGUUAUAUAGACUACUCUGUUACAAGAGGAUGAGCGAGUUACCACUCACUGACCUCAGUAAUAGGUCAAAAUGUCUAUUUAACGUAUGUCUACUUACAUUGAAGUUUAAAGCUUAUACCAUUCUGACAAAUAAAUAUAUAAUAAUAAAUUGGAUUAUAUAUUGUCAUCGCGGCAAUUGUCAAUCAUUGCGUCAUGACAAUAUCCUGUGUACCUACAACUAUAUUACCUAUAUUUUAGGUCACAACAAACUUAAAAUGUAA